AUGGAGACUGAUGAGGAGAGGCCAAGACGGGAAUCAAUCACCGCCAAAGAUGAACAGAUUUCUUUGCUCAAGGCCGUGCUGAUUCAGCUGAGCGACGAGUUGCAGAGAAAGGACGAGAGAAUUGCAGAGCUGGAGGCACAACUUUCCUUCCUGUCUUCACCCAGUGAUAAGGAAUCUCAGUCUGUUGCCACAGCGAUGACCCCCCUGUUGGCGUGUCUCCAAGGAGGUCAGGGUUCAUCAUCGGAGGGUGGGGCCUCGUCACCCAUGGCAACGACGAGGAGGAUAAGCAGCAGUGAUCGGCUGGCGAUGGUACCAAACUUGUCUCCUAUUGAAGAAAGGGGCGACGGAGUUUUUAGUCAGUUGAGCUGCGACGACGACAAUGCUGGUGGUGUUACCGAUAGCAACAGAGCAGCGGGAGGAAACGAACGGAAGAGUGGUAACCAUAGCAACAAGACCACACCCAGGAGGAGGAAGAUAUCGGUACUGGACAGAGAGCAGCAGGAGUUGCAGGUUGCCAUAGCGACACUGGACUCGACAAUCGCGGAGUUGGAGCUGGGGUCGUCGUCGGAGGGGAGGCUGGCGGCUCUGAGGAGGGAGAGGUCGCGACUCAUGGCAGACCUGAACAGGAAGGUCCAAACUAGGCUGAGAACGGUUCGAAGAAAUUCAGACGACGUUUUCACGAAGCUUGCGACGGACUACGAGAACUUUACCAGAGACCAGAUGUGUGAAGCAGUGAGAGAGUUAGACAGCGCUCAGGCCAGAUACAAGACAUACAUCGAUCAGCUCCUGGCGGUCGUCUUGGAGACGAACUCUGCCUUCCUAGAGGGGAUGCCACGCCUCCAACAGAGCACGGGUCUUCGUUUGGACCUCCUCCGAGUGGCGUCCAGAGGAGAGUUGUUUGAAGAUAUUCAGGAGCGAGAGAGGAACAUGGCCAGUCUGGAGUCGUACGCCACCCAGCUCUCUGAGAGAAUACUCAACCACGCCCUCCCACUCCUCCCCGUCCUCGAUCCGUUCCAGGACUCUGGUGACUGGGAUGGAAUGGAACCAGACACCAGCAGCAGUCUGACUGAGCCAAUGAUGUCAUAAUUACAUCGUCAUAGUCACACUAUUAUGUACUGAGGCAGUCACAAAUUUCAUCAUCACUUCAGAACUGAUUUCAUCAUUUUUAUUGACAUGCAGUAUUACAUCCUUCCUAUCAUCAUAGUUGCAAAUCCAUGUUAUUCUACAAACACAUGAAAAUCUCAUGAGCUGGUAUAAUCGGAAUG